AUGGCGCUGAACGGGAGUGAGGCACCGGCGGGACCCCCCCCCCCCCGCGACCCCCCGAGCGCGGAUCCCCCCCGGGACCCCCCGCUCACCAACGGGAGUCACCCCGGGACCCCCACCCGCGGCCGGGACCGCCCCCGAGCCCUGAGGAUCCUCCCCGGGACCCCCCGCCCACCACCGGGACAUUCCCGGGAUCCCCCUCCCGACCUCGGGGGCGCCCCACCCCUUAACCCGCCCUCCCCUCGCUUUGGGACCCCCCUCGGCGCGGACGAGGCCGAGGCCCGGCGGGAGCGGCUGGACCGGGCGAGCCAGGCCAUGGGGGGGCUCCUGCUCCGGGGCUACCGAAUGUUGGGGAGCUGCUGCCCCAGUACGAUUCUGCUGCAGGACAAGGAGCAGCGGCUGCUGUGUGUGACCUGCCAGGACCCCGGGGGGGGGCACGCUCCUCCCCCCGCCCCCUCCCCCGCCGCCCCCCGCCCCGAGCACUGCGAGGGGGCGGCCGCGGCUUUUCGGGGGGCUCCCCCCGCUCCCCCCGAGCCCCCCGGGGCCGCGGUGGCGGCGGCGCGGGCGGCGGUGCUGCAGAAGCUGCUCUGGGCCGCGCAGGAACUGCCCAGAACCUCCUCGGCCGAGGGCAGCGCCCAGCUCUGCCGCCUGGUUCGGGCUUGUGCCGAUGCCCUGGGGGGGCUGCAGGCCCUGGAACCCCCCCGCGGGGCCGCCCAGCCCCCCCCGACACCCUGAGAGCCCCCCCGGAACCCCCCGGGGAGCCUCUCCCCUCCCCCACCCACAUAAAGAACCCGUGCUGCCCCUCC